AUGGCUUCGUUAACCUCCGUCCACAACAUGGCCCGUUGGGUCUCCCGUACCCCAGUCUUGAAGAAUGUUGUCCCAGCCAUCGCCAAGAAGUACACCGAACUCGCCGGCUACAGAGAGAUGGGUUUGAGAUUGGAUGACUUGCUUUUGGAAGAAACUCCGGUCAUGCAGACCGCCAUCAAGAGAUUGUCUGACUCCGAGUCUUACGCCCGUAACUUUAGAAUCUUGACUGCACACCAGUGUGCGAUCUCCCACCAGUUGUUGCCAAAGGACAAGGCGGUCUCUUUUGAGGACGAUGUUCCAUACUUGACCCCAUAUAUUUUGGAAGCUGAGAUGGAGGCCGCUGAAAAGGCUGAAUUGGACGAGAUUGUUGUCUCCGCCAAAUAA